CAGGGGUGACGCAAGCACCAAUCACAGAGCCAGCCACGAUGUGGCAGCGGCUGUGGGAAAACCCCCGAACGCUCUCGAGCAAAUCGGACGCAGAGCAAAGUCCCGCUGAAGCCCCCGCCAAGUCGGCGGAUGGCCUGCCAACGCUUCCAACCAGCCUGGUCAACCAGGAGUUGCUCGUUGAUGUGCUGCACAACGUUGCCCUUCUCUGCGAAAACCACAAAUCCGAGUCGCGAGCUGAAUUCAAGCGUCCGCUAGUGUGGCAGUCGGGUCUCAAGCCAGCUGCCUUUCAGGGGAGCACUCUCUGGAAUGUCCAGAGUGGCCCACGGAAUGGAAAGCCCCCGGUCGUCAGCGCCGUCGCACGUAUCGAUGGCCAGCCUUUCUUCCAGCUUGAUCAGGUGCCGGGCGAAUCGGGUUUCGUGGCAAAGGUGUCCUCGUUCGAGUAUCUGCAUCAUGCAUUGCAAGCUGCCGAGGACCAAAAGCUGCAUGAACUCCAGCGUAUCAUCCGAGCCAACCGAGAUCCCCUCACGCUGAUAUUCGGCGUGCCUUCGUCAUCCGAAACAUCGACCGAGUCAAUAUUGAUCGAGGCAUUCGAGUCCGUUACCUCCGAAAGGGAUCCCAAGAAGCGCGAACAAAACGGACAGCUCUACAAGCUGCUACUGGUCCUCAACAAAAUGGACCUCAAGCUGAUGAAAGAUGCCGUCAAGGCGCUGGAGAGAAACAAGCGCCUCGACAUCGGCCAAGUGACCGAGGAGCUGCAAAUGCUUCAAGCGUUCACCGGAAAGGAAGAGCAGAACGUGCUCCUAGCGAUUGACUGGGAGUCGGAUUACACGUUCUCCAACGGGUGCAAGGCGCCGCCAUGGCGCCAGGUGUACGGAGAAAUAAGUUACAUCUCUGCGCAGCCGAUGGACCGCGAGCCAAUGAUCAUCACCGCAUCCAAGAGUGGCUAUUUCGUGAACAAGGGGUACUGCACUGAUGACAAAGGCAACCAAAGGCUGAAUUACGAACGCGAUUCCAACGACUAUCCAACUCUCGUGGCGCUGUUUCGUGAUCAGUCAAAGUAUUUUGCUGAAAUGAUUGAUCAGCAAGGCUAUUUUUACUACCAAGAGCAGUCGUCCCGUGAGGAGACCAUCCCUCGAAGCGCCAACGCAGCCGAAGGUGCAACAGCACCGGAUGGUCGAGGGGAUCAGGAUCUCACGGACGACGAAAAAACCGACAGCUCCAACUUUGGCAACAUCGGAAGCGGCAGUGCCCGAGAGGAUGCAGCAAAACGAGGAGGCCAUAAAAAGAAGACCGGCAAAGCAGUGGCUCAGAAGCGAAACAUUACAGAACCAUCGUUGAAGUGGAGAACCCUGGCUCUUGAUCCCGAGCAGAUCGGUAAAGUGCCGAGCGCCAAGACCAGGAAGAAGAAGGGUCACUCGAAUCCGACCUCGGCCAAAUCCGGCAAGAGGAGCGGCAAGAGCCAUGGUUCUGGGAUCCAGGUCGAGGAAGAUCUCACCGAAAGUGACUCUGAUGGCACAUCCGACGAGGAGGCUCAAGACAAGCGACAGGAGAAUGUUGAGCUUCCCGCCGAAUACUAUCAGAUCCAAAAGCUCGUCAAGUAUCUGCGCUGCGGCAACCAAACUGCAACCAUCAUCGCGAUAUGUUCUCUUCGAGACUUUGAUCUCAACAACGAAUCGAAUCAGAUUGCCAUCCGCGAUGUCGGAGGGCUUGAUACUUUGGUCAACCUUCUCGACACCGAUGACCCAAAGUGCAAGAUUGGCGCUCUCAAGAUUCUCAAAGAGAUUUCACAAAACGUCCAAAUCCGUUGUGCAAUCGCCGAUCUUGAUGGGAUGAAACCGCUCAUCGAGCUGCUUCAAGACUCGAGCGAAGAGCUCAAGUGUCUGGCGGCAGAAACGAUUGCGUACUGCGCAAAAAAUGCUCGCAAUCGUCGCUCUGUGCGAAGAUACGGAGGCAUCCGCAAGCUCGUAAAGCUUCUCAAAGCAAGGCCCGGAAGCAAAGACGAGGAUGUGGCCAUCUCUGGAGCCCUGGCUCUCUCAACUUGCAGUAAAUCCAGCAAGAAUAAGGCCGCCAUUCAAACAGCGGGGGCCAUUCCACUCUUGGCAAACCUUCUCGAGUCGCAAAAUGAAAAGCUGCUCAUUCCGGUGGUCGGAAUUCUUCAGGAAUGUGCAUCCGACGAAAACUAUCGGGUUGCCAUUCGCGAGUCCGGCAUGAUUCGCUUCCUGGUUGAGAACCUUGCCAGCAAGAACGAAGAGCUCCAGACACACUGCGCCAGUGCGAUAUUCAAGUGCGCCGAGGACGACGAAACACGAGCCUUGGUUCGUCAGUACAACGGACUUGUCCCACUGGUUAAUCUGCUCGACAACCCUGGAAACAGAGAGUUGCUCGUUGCAGCGACCGGGGCAGUGUGGAAGUGCGCCCAAAACAUUGACAACGUCGCAGCCCUCAACAAGCUCAACUCGAUCAAGAAGCUCAUUGGGCUGAUGGAGAAUCAACCCGAAGAUGUGCUCGUGAAUGUUGUUGGUGCCCUUGGUGCCUGUGCCCAGACUCCCGAGGGACGCCAGGGCAUCAGAGAAGGCGGUGGUAUCACACCACUGGUAAACCUGUUGACGGGCACAAAUCAGCUCCUGCUCGUCAAUGUAACGAGGGCCGUUGGUGCCAGCGCGCUUGAAAGCGAUAGCAUGGCCAUCAUCGACCGCCUCGACGGAGUGCGCCUGUUGUGGUCGCUCCUCAAAUCGACCAACCACCAUGUACAGGCCUCAGCCGCAUGGGCUAUAUCACCCUGCAUCGAACACGCAAAGGACGCUGGAGAAAUGGUUCGGUCCUUUGUCGGUGGUCUCGAGCUGAUCGUGUCGCUACUCAAGUCUGAGCACACGGAAGUGCUUGCAAGCGUGUGCGCUGCAAUCGCCAACAUUGCAAAGGAUGAGGAAAACCUUGCCGUGAUCACGGAUCAUGGAGUUGUGCCCAUGCUCGGCAAACUCACCAACACCCGAAACGACAAGUUAAGAAAGCAUCUGGCCGAGGCGAUUGCGACCUGCUGCCACUGGGGCAACAACCGCGUUGCCUUUGGAGCGGCUGGCGCCGUGGCUCCUCUGGUUAAAUACCUCAAAUCCACCGACGAGGAAGUUCACCGGUCGACCGCGCGGGCAUUGCAUCAGCUUUCCAUGGAUGCGGACAACUGCAUAACCAUGCACGAGCACGGCGUCGUUCAGCUCUUGCUUGGCAUGGUGGGUGCGUCCGAUCAAGUCCUGCAGGAAGCCGCCGCUGGAACCAUCGGCAACAUCAGACGACUGGCCCUCGCAAGUGAAAAGGCAGCCAUCACCCAAGCGGCCGCAGCCAAGAACCAAUAAUUACAAUAGUUCAUUUCUUGGCUCCUCGAUCGCAAUCAUGAUCUUGAGAAACACUCGCAUCCUGAAUGACAAGUGACACAAUUUGUAACUUGGGCAUGUCAUGAUGGGUAAAACCAGAGCCACCUUACACCCACGAUAUCCAUCGAAAGUGACUCUGGCUCACGUUUCCGUGACUUUCCACAGCCAGCUAUCGAUUGCGCGCCAAUCGCGUCUCCCGAUCGACCGCCGGCGACAGCAGUUUCGCCGACGACGAGUCCCAACAGGGUUGGAAG